AUGCAGUCAAGUCGAGGGGAAACUUGGAGAUCGUCACGGAAGCCAUCGGCCAUCCAAGAUAGCGCGACGGAGUCCGCUAAGCAGGCGAUUGAGGGGUUUAGCCAAAAGGGACAUGCAAGACGCCCAGGGAGCUUGGUCGUGACAAGCUAUCUAGAAAAAACGGAGAACUCCGGCCAAGACAAGGCGUUGUCUUGGAAGACUGCAUCGUGGUACUCAUUGGGUGAAGACUGGUCGAUCGCCAUAAUUGGCAAUCCUUACACUAGCAAGCGCCCUGACGAUCAUCACCCGUUAUCUCCACGUUGGCCAAUCAUCGACUCCAAGGCGCAAAACAAGCUUGUGUCUAGAAGGGUUGUCUCCGGGAUUCUAGCUCUGCUAGCUCUCAACAAAAAACGAGCAACAGGUACAAUCUCCGACGGGGAUCCGUCCCUGCAUUGCAUGUUCUACCAAUCAUCCCCUGCAAGAACAUUAACGUCGAGUUCGCGAUGUCAGACGAUGUGA